AGCCAUCUCACAUCUCUCAAGAAUGAGAGAUGUUUUGGCUGCCGUACACUUUCCAACAUCUAAAAUUUAAAUUGCAAGAUACAACCACAGUGAACCAUUCAUCACUAUCUUUUCUGAUUUUAGUCUCUUUGUAUCCCUCUCUCUCUCUCUCUCUCUAAAAUAAUAUUUAUCUAUCGUAUAUCUACAUACAUACUGCUACAUCUUCUCCACUUUCUCUCUCAUUUUAUUUUAUAGCUAUGUUAAACUCCUCUUACUCAUUCGUCACUCUCUACUCUCAAUCUUUCCAUUGAUUUGUGAUGAGUUUUGAAGGUUAAAGCCCCUCACAAUCUUCUUUUCGGUAGAUGGAAGCAUUUUUCUUUAGAAUCUUCAGAUUAGACUAACAAAAACUAUAAGAUAAUGGAUCCUUCUCUUUCUACAGUUGCAUCUGUUGCCCAACCUACUGGCCUUCUCCCUUCUGAAAAGCCUCCCAUACCACCCAAUGACAAGGGUAAAGUUAGGUAAAAGGAUAGUAGGAGAAAACCAUCUAGAGCUUGGGAUCAUUUUGAUAAAAUAAAGAGUGAAGAAGAUGGAAAAAAAAGGGUUGUUUGCAAAUAUUGUCAAAAGGAAUACCUAACAGAUUCAAAAGGGCAUGGAACAAGUAAUUUGUUGCGUCAUUUGCGUAGGUGUCCAAAAUAUCCCUAUAGAGAACAUGGUAAGGGACAAUAGACCUUAUCUUUUCAACACAAAAAACAUGGAGAAGAGGGUGUUGAACUUGUGGCAACAAUCUUCACUGUAGAGGCUGGUAAAAGAGCUCUAGCUGAGAUGAUUGUACUAGAUGAACUGCCAUUUAGGUUCGUUGAGGGAGCUGGUUUUCGAAAAUUUUGUAACGUCUUGCAACCUAAGUUCAAACCAAUCCCAUGUUGUACCACUAUUUCCAAAUAUAUUGUAACAAUUUUUAACCAAGAAAGGGAUAAGUUGAGGAAUGUAUUGAGAGGUCAUAGGGUGUGCCUUACCACUAACACAUGGACAUCCAUACAAAAUCUGAAUUAUAGGUGCUUUACUGCCCAUUUCAUUGAUGAUGAAUGGAAAUUACAAAAAUGAAUCAUAAAUUUUAGUCAAGUUGAAGAUCACAAGGGAGAAACCAUUGGCAAAAGAGUUGAAAUGUGUUUGCUUGAGUGGAAUAGUGGUUGUAUUUUUUCUUUGAUAGUUGAUAAUGCUAGCUCUAACAACACAACCAUUAAAUACUUGAAGAGGAAAACAAAGGAUUGGAAAGGGACUGUCUUGGGACAUGAGUUCUUACACAUUUAUUGUUGUGCGCAUAUUUUGAAUCUCAUAGUGAGUGAGGGUUUGAAAGAAUUAGAUGCAUCGAUUGCAUGUGUACGCGAUGUUGGGAGCUAUGUAAGGUCAUCUCCAAACAGGCUAGAGACUUUCAAGAGAUGUGUGGAGAGAGCAAAAAUUGAGUCAAGGUCUCUUCUAUGUCUUGAUGUACCCACUAAGUGGAACUCCAUUUACUUGAUGUUAGAGGUAGCUAAAAUAUUUGAGAAGGCCUUUGAGCGGAUGGAGGAUGAGGACUCCAAUUAUAAAUCUUAUUUUUCAGGUGAUGUGGGUUGUGAUGAUGGGGAGGAGGGAAGUGACAAAAAGAGGGCUCCAACCGAGAGUGAUUGGUGCAAUUGUAGAAUGUUUGUGAAAUUCUUAAGGCUGUUCUACAAUGUUACUAAGCGAUUUUCAGGCUCACUUUAUGUUACAUCAAAUUGUUUUUUCGAUGAGAUGUUUGUUAUUCAAUCCAAAAUUGAGCAAUUGUCAAGAAAAGAGUCAAAAGAGGAUGAAUUGUCAUCUUUAAUGGCCAAAGGCAUGAAAGCAAAAUUUCAAAAAUAUUGGAGGAAUGGAGAUAAAAUAAAUCUUUUAUUGUAUGUUGCGGUGGUGCUUGAUCCUAGAAAGAAGUUGAGGCAUGUCAAGUUCUGUUUUUCAUAUUUGUAUGGGGUUGAAAUGGUGAAUCAAAUGAUGGGUCAGGUGAAGGAUUAUUUGACUCGUUUGUAUAACCAUUAUAUUGGAAAUGAUUCAAGUAGUGUGGAAGUGACUAAUACAAGUGAACAAUCUGCCAUGAAUGUGGAUGAUGAUUGUGAUGAUCUACAAUUGUUCAUAUCAUCUCAAUUCAAUUCAUAUUUGGAUUUUGAAUAUUCUAUUUUGUUCAAAUCUGAGGUGGAUGCAUACUUAGCUAAGCUCUGUCAAGGUACAAAAGAUGAGAAAUUUGACAUUUUAAAUUGGUAGAAGACUAAUUCCUCAAAAUAUCGAGUGUUGUCCCAAGUUGCACAUGAUGUGUUAGCCAUGCCUGUUUCUAGAGUUGCAUCUGAGUCGACAUUCAGUGUGGGAGAAUGAAUCAUUGAUCCAUUCCAUAGCUCAUUAUCUCCUAUGAUGGUGGAAGUACUUAUAUGCCUACAAAAUUGGCUUCAAAGCAACAUAUCGAUUUCUCUUCGCAAGGCAAUGGAUGACGCUGAACAAUUUGAUCAAUAUAACUCAGGUAAAAUGUAUAUAGUUCAUUUUGUAUACAUUUUGAAUUUACUAUGGUCAACAUGGAACUUUAGAUUACUGACUAUUGUUUGUUUUCAUCUUUUCAAGAAUCAAACACAAGCUCGAGUCCAUGCACAACCACAACAGCAAAUACUAUUAUUAAUGUCCAGCAUCGGAAAUGGCUUGGAGAGAAGUGCAUGCAGCAAGAUGGACACAUAGCUUUUUGUUUAUUACACAAUACUUUUUGUUAUUAAACUGUACAUGUGGAUGAAUGUAAUUAACACUAGACAAUAGAAGACUUGGUCACUUUCUUUUUAA